AUGGACUUCGUCGCCAGCGACCUCGGCGACGGCGCGUCGCUGCGCGCGGCGCUGCGCGGCUGCGACCUGGCCGUGCACUGCGCGGGCCCGUUCCAGGGCAAGGUUAUGCCCGAGGUCCUCGACGCGGCGCUCGCCGAGGGCGUCGCGUACGUCGACGUCUGCGACGAGACGGAGCUCUGCAAGCUCGCGAAGACCGAGGCCUGGGCGAGCCGCGCGACGGAGGUCCCGUGCGUCGUCUCGGCCGGCAUCUGGCCCGGCGUGUCGGCCCUGAUGGCGAAGCGCGGCGUCGCCCGGGCCGCGGACGCCGGCGCGGCGCCGCGCGCCGUCGACUACGCGUUCUACACGGCGGGCACGGGCAACGCGGGCCCGACGAUCGUCAGCGCGACGUUCCUGCUGCUCGUGACGCCCGCGCUCUGCUACGAGGGCGGCGCGCUCGUCGAGCGCGACGCCUGGAGCGACGCGCGCGACAUCCCCUUCCGGUCGCUCGGCGGCGCGACGCGCAAGUGCCGGCUCCUCGACUGCCCCGACGCCUACACGCUGGGCGCGUCGGUCCUCGGCGACUUCCCGGACGCGCCGCUCUCCGUGUCGUCGCGCUUCUCGACGGAGCCGGAGCUCUGGAACGGGUUGUUCGGGUUGUCGAAGCGCCUCGUGCCCGACGCGCUCCUCGCGGAUCGCGACGCCAUGCAGGCGCUCGCGCUCUUCUCCGAGCCCGUCGUCCGGGCCGUCGACGCGCUCGUCGGCUCGACGAACGUCAUGAAGGUCGACGUCACCGACGACCGCGGCGUCGUGCGGACCCUGGAGCACGGCCACGACGACCUCGAGACGGCCGUCGGCCUCGCGACGGCGGCCUUCGGCAAGGAGCUGCUGGACGGGGCGGUGGCGCCCGGCAUCUACUGGCCGUCGGACCUGCCGCCGGACGUGUCCGACCGCAUCUGCGACGUCGUCCGGGAGGACGCGGGGACCUUCCUCUGGGAAGAGUAA